AUGUAUCGUCUGUACUUCAUACUUUGCAUUUUGUGUAAAGGCGCUGCAUCCUACAACUGCCUUGAGAAAAAUCUCAGUAAAAGCGUCAGAGAAAAGCUGAAGAAAGAAUUCGAAAAGGUUAAUGCUGAGUACGUUUGCGAAAUAGAGUACGAACUUGCUGAUGACAUCGCAUUAUACCCUAUGGGGUCAUCCCAGAUAUGGCUGCAAUCACUGAUUAAGGUCCCAGAAAGAUUUAUUCGAGAUCCGACACGUUAG